AUGGCGGUCGUUCACGUUCUAGACGAUUAUUACCUAGCUAUCACGGCUCUCAUCACAAUAGCAUAUCAACUGCUCUUCUUCUCAAUAGCCUUCAGCUUCAAGUUUGACAAGCUCACCGACUUUGCUGGCGGCACAAACUUCGUCCUACUCGCAAUCAUCACCCUCGCGCUCAGCGGCCACCACCAUGCGCGCCAGGUCGUCGCCUCCAUCUUCAUCAUGCUCUGGGCCGCGCGCCUCUCGGGCUUCCUCCUCUUCCGCAUCAUCAAGACGGGCAAGGACGACCGCUUCGACGACAAGCGCGACAAGUUCUUCCCCUUCCUCGGCUUCUGGAUCUUCCAGAUGAUCUGGGUCUGGACCGUCUCGCUGCCCGUGACCGUGCUCAACUCGCCCAACGUGACGCAGUACCCGCAGCACUCCUUCGGCACAGGCAGGGACGUCGUCGGCAUCAUCUUCUUCGUCGUCGGCUUCACCAUGGAGGCCGUGAGCGACGCGCAAAAGUACGCCUUCCGGAGGGACCACCCGGAGCGCGAGGCCAUCUGCGACAAGGGCUUCUUCAGCGUGUCGCGGCAUCCGAACUACUUUGGCGAGAUCAUUAUCCAGUUCGGCAUUUACAUGAUCGCCGUAUCUUCUGCGGCGGACGGUUACGUAGGCGGCCAAGCCUUCAAGGCUCUCUACGCCACUAUCCUCGGCCCCUUCUUCCUCACGCUGCUGCUCAUGUUCGUCUCGGGCCUGACUCUGCAGGAACGCCCCGGCGCCAAGAAGCGUUACGAGAAGGGUCAGAACUGGGAGGGCUACAAGCGCUAUCUCGACCGCACCAGCAUUCUGAUCCCCUUCCCGCCGCAGCUGUACGUUCGCAUGCCCACGAUUCUAAAGAGGACCAUCUUUCUCGAGUUCCCUAUGUACGUUUUCGACCCGGCGAAGCACUCCGACUCGGCGACGAGAGCGGAGCAAGGCGAGCAUCGUCGUGAGGACGUGUCCAAGCCCAAUAGUAGACCAAGCGGAGAAGAGAGCUUAGUCGGGCAGCACUCGUGA